CGGGCUUUUAACACGUUGAAUCCAACAGUUUGUGCUUCAGCCGACUCCGUUUCUCGGACAAACACGAGACACUAGCAAUUUCGGUCUCCGCAAAUCCCGAAAAGUUUCGGCGCAAUCGCGAAUAGUUUUGCCGGGAUCCGGGGGCUUGGCGGCAAAAUUAUCAAUCUAAUCUGACAAAGCUGCUACCUAAGGCCCCAAAUCCCUCCUCUUCAGCUGUGAGGGGAAAUGACGCUUUAGACGCCGCGCAGAAUACCGACUGGCGGAUCGCUAUCCUUGAGCCAAACUCAUUCCCAUAAGCGCUGCGGAGAACCAAGAAACCACAGCUGCAUGCUUGAAUGGUGUAACCCUAAGCAAGGUGUGAGCGGAGUUGCAACACCAUGAAUUCGCCACUGUUGCCAAUGUCGAAGCAAGACAUUGGUUCCGAUCGCAAAAUGUCGACAAUUCCCGUACCACAGGGAGAUGUGUCUUCGAAGCAUAUGGCUACCACCACUGUGCGGAUCGACGGCAUGACCUGCGGUGCCUGUACGUCGGCCGUUGAAAGCGGAUUUAGCAAGGUUGAUGGAAUCGGCAGCGUGUCGGUCAGCUUGGUACUCGAACGGGCUGUCGUUGUCCAUGAUCCCCAAACGGUGUCGCCCGAUGAGAUUAAGGAAAUUAUUGAAAACCGAGGCUUCGAUGCGCAAAUAUUGUCGACCGAUCUACCCACAGAGAGCGAUGGAGAUUAUGAUGCUGAGGUCGAGUUGGACGACAAUCUGGGAAACAAUGGUUUAUCCACGACAACCGUUGCCAUUGAAGGCAUGACUUGUGGCGCCUGUACCUCUGCGGUUGAAGGAGGCUUCAAGGAUGUUCCUGGCAUGAAGUCAAUCAGCAUUUCACUGUUGUCUGAACGAGCUGUCAUCGAACAUGACACGAAUAUUUUGAGUCCGGAGCAGAUUGCAGACAUCAUUGAAGGACGCGGAUUCGGUGCGACAAUAAUUGACAGCAAGCCAUCACAACCAUCGACGUCUCUGAAGCGGACGGGUGCUCAAUCCAGCGGACCAGAGCGAAGAGUCUUGACAACGACGGUCGCUGUAGAAGGCAUGACCUGUGGUGCUUGCACGUCUGCUGUUGAAGGCGGUUUCAAGGAUCUCGAAGGAGUUGCGCAAUUCAAUAUCAGCCUUUUGGCAGAGCGAGCUGUUAUUGUGCACGAUCCCGAAAAGCUUUCCGCGGAAAAAAUUGUUUCCAUCAUUGAAGAUAGGGGAUUCGAUGCUCAUAUCAUAUCUUCUCAAAACGAAGGUGUCCAGAGAGCGGGCGCUACGUCGGCUGUUCAAUUAAAGAUCUACGGCAUGACAGAUCCGUCCUCGGCUUCGUUGUUGGAGGAAACACUAUCCGCGUUACCAGGAGUCACAUCGACUUCGGUCAAUUUCAUCACCUCAAGAGCCACCGUCACACAUAAACCUACCAUGACUGGUCUUCGCCAGUUGGUGGAAGCAAUAGAAGCUACCGGGAUGAAUGCCCUGGUGGCAGAUUCGGAAGACAACAAUGCUCAGUUAGAAUCGUUGUCAAAGCUUCGGGAAAUCCGAGAGUGGCAGCGAGCAUUUUAUGUUUCUCUUUGUUUUGCGAUACCCGUGUUUCUUAUUAGCAUGAUUAUUCCAAUGUUUCUUCCAGCGCUAGAUUUUGGUUCGAUAAUUUUCCUACUCCCGGGACUCUACCUCGGCGAUGUCGUGUGCUUGGCACUCACUACACCGGUUCAGUUCGGCAUCGGCAAACGAUUCUAUGGUUCAGCGCUCAAAUCGCUCCGCCAUGGCUCACCAACAAUGGACGUUCUUGUCAUCUUGGGUACCUCGGCCGCCUACUUCUUCAGCGUUGGCGCCAUGAUUGUCUCGGUGCUUUCAAAACCCCACACGCGCCCAAGUACAGUGUUCGACACAAGCACGAUGCUGAUAACUUUUAUCAGUCUUGGACGUUAUUUGGAAAAUAGAGCCAAGGGCCAAACAUCAAGAGCCUUAUCGAGAUUAAUGUCACUGGCGCCAUCCAUGGCCACCAUCUACACGGACCCUAUCGCGGCCGAAAAAGCCGCAGAAAUGUGGGAGAAUUCAAAAGGCGACGAUAAAACUUCUCAGUCCGCUGAUAACGUCGAGAACGGCAAUGCGUCUGAAGAGAGGUCUAUACCAACCGAGUUGAUUCAGAUUGGCGACAUUGUUAUUCUCCGCCCAGGCGAUAAGAUCCCAGCCGAUGGAACCGUUACACGUGGAGAGAGUUUUGUCAACGAAAGCAUGGUUACUGGAGAGCCAGUACCGAUUCUCAAGCGCAAAGGCAACUCGCUCAUUGCAGGAACGGUCAAUGGCGCGGGCAGACUUGAUUUUAGAGUCACAAGGGCAGGCCGAGACACACAGCUCAGCCAGAUUGUCAGGCUCGUUCAAGACGCGCAAACGAGUAGAGCUCCUAUUCAGCGCUUGGCAGAUGUGGUUGCCGGCUACUUUGUCCCUGCAGUUAUUACCCUCGGACUCGUAACGUUUCUUGUUUGGAUCGUGCUGAGCCAUUUGCUUCCACACCCACCCAAAAUCUUCACGGAUGAAGCCAGCGGUGGACGUUUCAUGGUCUGCCUUAAACUUUGCAUCUCUGUCAUUGUAUUUGCCUGCCCAUGCGCCCUCGGCCUCAGUACGCCUACGGCAGUCAUGGUCGGUACCGGCGUUGGAGCAGAACACGGCAUUCUCGUCAAAGGCGGAGCGGCUCUCGAAACAGCGACCAAGGUAAAACAUGUCGUCUUUGAUAAGACCGGCACACUGACUGUCGGGAAAAUGGACGUAGUCCAAAGAAACCUGGAAACCGACUGGGAUGGGGAGGAUCAAGAGUGGUUGUGGUGGACGCUGGUGGGUUUGACCGAAGUGGGCAGUGAACACCCCAUUGCCAAAUCCAUUCUUGCCAAGGCGAAGCAGCAACUUGGUCUCGAAGCAGACGGCUCUAUCGAGGGUAGUUCAGGCGAUUUCGAGGCUUCCGUCGGCCAGGGAGUAUCCGCAAUGGUUUCCCCCGCCGCCCAUCAUCAUCAUGCCGCGCGAAAACGGUAUCACGUUUCCAUUGGAAACGCCGCUUACCUCCGCUCACUCGGAGUCGCCUUGCCAAGAGACGCCGAUCCCGAUUACCGUGAUGGCCGUGGUAGUGGUGUUGGUGCAGGUGCAAAAGCCUCUUUUACCUCAUCCAGAUCUUCCGCCGGCAUCUCCACCAUCUUUGUGGCCAUUGACUCCGUCUACGCGGGCAACGUUUUCCUCUCUGAUGCUCUCAAAUCUACCGCCACUGCCGCCAUCCGUGCCCUGCACCAUCUCGGACUCGAAACUUCCCUCGUGACCGGCGACCAGCUGUCCACCGCCCAAGCAGUCGCGGCACUGGCAGGAAUACCGCCUGAAAACGUCUACGCCGGCGUCUCGCCAGACCAGAAACAAGCCAUUAUCCGCGAAAUCCAGAGCACAGGCUCGCCCUCCCGCCGGGGCCCGCAGGUCGUCGCCAUGGUCGGCGACGGCAUCAACGACUCGCCCGCGCUCGCCACCGCCGACGUCGGCAUCGCCAUGGCUUCCGGGACCGACGUUGCCGUCGAGGCGGCCGAUAUUGUCCUCAUGCGGUCCGACGACCUCUUGGACGUCCCCACCAGUCUGCACCUCGCCAAGACCAUCUUCCGCCGCAUCCGCCUCAACCUCGUCUGGGCUUGCAUGUACAAUGUCCUGGGCCUGCCCUUUGCCAUGGGCUUUUUCUUGCCCCUGGGCUGGCACUUGCAUCCCAUGGCCGCCGGCGCUGCCAUGGCCGCGUCCAGUGUCAGUGUGGUGGGAAGCAGUCUUUUGCUCAAGUUCUGGAAACGCCCCGCCUGGAUGUCUGUCGAUGUCUUGGACAAGGCCGAUGCAAGUGAUCCCGGCCUCGGUCGGCGCGUCAGACGUGCAGGCACUAGUACUGGUACUGGUACUGGUACUGGUCUCUUGAGCGAUUUGGUCGCCAGGUUGCGUUCGUUUAGACGUGCACCUCGUAUCAGAGAUGAAGGUUAUGUCCCGCUGCAGAAUAUCGAGCCUGUUUAAUGUGCAGCGUGCAGCGGUCGAACUUGUUCGUUUGGUUUUGUUUUUCGUAUAUUUCAUAUCUAUUUCUUUUUUGUUUCCGUCUUCAUUCCCAUUCUCAUUUCCAUUUCUAUCUUCAUU